CUUCGCCAGUUUAUCGACCAUGAAGACGGGAUUGGUAUUGGGUGUUUACGAAACAGAGAGCGAGGACAAUGUCGUGCUCACCCCUACGGCGGCCAAGUACAACGAGCUGGUUAACGGCAAGCUGCUGAAGAACAUUAUGCUGAGUGACUAGAGUGAGAAAGAGAGAGAGACGGUAUUAUACGCAUGAUAUGAAGCGCAACUUGCUACGCACAAGGAUAUCCUAGAAAAUACGCUGCGCUUUAUAAAUAAGAAUAUAAUACUGCCUGAUUUAUGAUAAAUUCUUUUCGACGCGAGACAGACGUCAGACAGGUCGAAUAGGAGAUUUUAAACUCCUGUUAAUCGUUCAGUUGAUUAAAUCAUCACUGCUUCAAGACUGACGGGAAUCGAGUAGAGUAAUAGUAGUAAUGUCGACUGGCGACGGUAAUAUGGGGAACGAUAGCGGCGCCGGGAGCAGUGGUGGAUUAGGCGACGGUAGCGGUAAAAUUAUUAAGCCUCAUCCACCUACGAACGUGCUACAGAGGAUGACCGGGAUAUUAGAGGAUAAGAGCAACGAUUACCUGUGCCCGAUAUGCUUCGAUCUUAUCGACACGGCGUAUAUCACACGUUGUGGACACACGUUUUGUCAUCAUUGCAUCGUAAAGUGCUUAGAGAUUAAGGAUCGUUGCCCGAAAUGCAGUUUCACGUUGAGCGAGCACGACAUUUUCCCGAAUUUUCUGUUGGACGAAUUAGUUUCCAAAUAUAAAACUAGAAGCAAAGGCCUCGCUCAGCUAGGCUCGUACGCGGACAAUAGUAGGCACAGAAUUGCUGGUGGCGAUUCAUCGACGCCGGCCUCUGACGGCUUGAGGAGUAUCGUAGCGGCGGAGAGCGCCAAUCUCACUCUGCCCGAUGUGAACGUGAUGCUCGAGGUGCUUACUCAACGAAAGCAUCUGCUCGAGGCGGAGACCUGUACGGCGCAAAAUAAGCUUCUGCACGAGUUCCUCAAGCACUUGCUGCAACAAAAGGAGGAGCAGAAGAAUCAGUUGCAGAAAGAGGUGGCGUUGAUCAAGAAGGACAUGGAGGAGGUGGAGAACAUCCUGAAGGACGUUCAGAGCAAGUGCCCGCGGGUAGAGGACGUCAAAAAGGCAAGCGAGAACGAUACCGCGCAGGUAUCGGCGAUCAGACGUGAGAUGCUCGGCCUUAUAGACAUAAUAGACUCGAAUAUGGUGAAGCCCAGCGACAAGGCGACCGGCGGCAUUGAUACUUUCACAAAUCCGAGUGUCAGUCAGCACGGUGGAUCAACACUAGCCAUACGGAGGAAAAGAUUGCACGCUCACUUUGACGAUUUCGUUCAAUGUUACUUCGAUUCGCGCGGCAAGGAAUUACUACUCGGCCAGAAGUCGCAGACUCAGAGCGAAGCUCAGCUGCAGCACGGUGGCGUGCACAGCACGAGUUCCGGGCUGGAUGUGUUUCGCGAGAAUCUCGUCAAGUUCUCGAGGUACAAUUCUCUGCGUCCACUGGCCACCCUAAACUACUCAUCGGAUCUCUUCAACAAUUCCACUAUUGUGUCUAGUAUCGAGUUCGAUAAGGACAACGAAUUUUUCGCAAUCGCUGGUGUCAUUAAACGCAUCAAAGUGUUCGAUUACGGCGCGGUCAUACGUGACACCGUCGACAUUCAUUAUCCCUGCGUCGAGAUGAUAUCUAGUUCCAAAAUUUCUUGUGUGUCAUGGAACUCCUUUCACAAGGGCAUGCUCGCGUCUUCGGAUUAUGAGGGCACCGUGACGGUAUGGGAUGCGGUGACCGGUCAGAGAACGAAGGCGUUCCAGGAGCACGAGAAGAGAUGUUGGUCCGUGGAUUUCAACGAUGUAGAUACCAGAUUGAUCGCGUCGGGCUCCGACGACGCCCGCGUGAAAUUGUGGGCGUUGAAUACCGAUUAUUCCGUGGCGUCGUUGGAGGCAAAGGCCAAUGUGUGCUGCGUGAAAUUCAAUCCACGUAGCUCGUGUCACCUGGCCUUUGGAUCCGCGGAUCACUGUGUACAUUAUUACGAUUUGCGCAACAUGAAGGAGGCGUUGUGCAUAUUCAAGGGCCAUCGUAAAGCGGUCUCCUAUGUCAAGUUCAUAAACAAAGAGGAAAUUGUUUCAGCCAGUACAGAUUCCCAGUUAAAGAUGUGGAACAUAAACAAUCCACUUUGUUUGCGAUCAUUCGUCGGGCACGUGAAUGAAAAGAAUUUCGUCGGACUCGCCACCGACGGCGAUUACGUUGCCUGCGGUUCAGAAAAUAAUGCGCUGUACGUCUAUUAUAAAGGUUUGACAAAGCAAUUGUUCUCGUACAAAUUCGAUGCCGUUCGAAGCAUAUUGGAGGUACAGGACAGAAGGGAGGAAGAUCUGAACGAGUUUGUGUCCGCGGUAUGCUGGAGGCAGAUGUCUAAUGUCGUAGUAGCCGCUAACUCUCAAGGAAUUAUCAAAAUAUUAGAGUUGGUAUGAGACAAUUAGGAAAAAGCAAUUGAACUUAAAUGAGUGAAACGCGUAUUCGAUUACUGUAAACUAAAACGGGUCUAAAUAAUAAAGGAGAUUGCCAAAAGUAGAAGCGUAAGAAUAAUUAUACAGAGAUUAUACUUUCAGAAAAGAAUUCUGUUCGCUUUGUGUUUUUAUAAUACUUUUAGUAUACUUAGACCCUUUUUAUUUUAUGGUACCUACCUUGUGAUUAUUUUAGAUGUGAAUAACAACGAGACAUAAUGGAACCAUUCUAAAUAGCGUAAUGAUUUAUAAUAAUGACACGUAAUGAAAAUUUUUACAAUUAAUGUAAUCGACAAAUUCGAUGGAAAUUUUAAGAAGGUCGUUAUUGGCGAUUAAAAUAUUGCAAGUGGAGAUCUUCGAUUAUGUGAUCUAUGCUCAAUAUAUCACAAAGCACAAAUAUUUUCUCUGAAUUGUACACUAUGGCUACUUUUUUUUUAAGAGACACAAAUCGAUAUAGAUUAACUCGCAUUUGUUACAAUUAAAUGGAACGUGAUAUGCAUAGUGUGUACGAACUUUUAAUGCUUAACGUUGUAAUAUUUAUUUUAAAAAGAAAAAUUAUAAAUUUUAAUGUAAAAUAUAAAUUGCUACUUUACAAUUACAAAGUAUAUAAUAUGUAUUGUAAUUUUGUUAAAUGUAGUACAACAACAAGUAAUUCAAAUUUUAAACUUUUUUUAAUAUUGUUCAGUUAAAAACGCACUCCGAACAAAGUCAAAGAGUUUCGAUUGAGUUUGAAUCAAAUGAUAAAUAAAAUUAAAUGUUGAUCUAUGUCAAAAAUGUCGACUGUGUGGUUCUUUUUUUUUUAAAAGCAGCCUAUGUGUGAGUAUGAUUAGGAAAAUUGGUACUAUUAAUUAUUGCAUUCGUAUUUUGAAUUUUCUAAUCUAAUUUAAACAUAAUUCCAUCUCAACAGACUGAAUCACUUAAUAAUAAAAGUUUUGCAUCGUUGUAACACGUUCGAAAAAAAUAUUCCUCCAUAUGACUUAUCGAAAAGGAUCUUUCGUAAUUUUACGUUAUCGAUACUUAAUAUUCGUCGAAGAUAUCAUAAUUGCACGCUUGCUAAACUAUUUUAUGCGGAUAUAUAAAUACACAUAUAUUUUUAAAUAUGAUCGACGCGUGACGUGAGUAUGAUGUUUAUUACAAUAAGUACAAUACUUUUGGAAGCAGCGUUUGAGUCUGCAGAAAUUUACAGCGCAAUGUAAAUUUGUAUGCGUGUGUUCGAGGAUGAUUUUCCAAUAACGCUUCUUAAUGUCCGAGUGGCGACUGUUUCGAUAUUUUAAGCUGCGUUCGCUUUAGCGCUCGAAGCAUUUCAUCCUUUUUGUUUAUGACAAAUAUUAACCAAGGACAAAUGAGCCUUGUUAAACCUUGUGUUCAUAAUGCUAAAAAUCGAUCCGAGAUUUAAAACAGAAAAGGAAUUGAUCAAUCGUGUUAGUUAUCUGAAGUAUUCAAAUUCGAUUGGUCACAAAGCUCAACAAGCUGUGAGCGAACGUAGUCUUCAUCCAUCACGAAAUCUGCUCUCGACACAAAAUUUAGAAAUGACACGUAGAAUAAAUACGCGUUUGAUAACCACAUAAUUUUUUUAACAAAAUUUUUUAACAAAUUUUUAGAGUAAAUCCAAAAACUUGUUUCAGUUCUCGAAAGAUUAGAAAAAGUUGAAACAUUCGAAUGGAAAUCAUCAAAACUAAAAUACGCAUAUAUUAAAAUGUAAUAUAAAAUUGAUAUACAUAUAUACAUAUAAUAUACUUUGACUGGCAAUCGUAUACAAAUCGUACCUGCAUUUUCCUAGAAACCACUAGUAAUUGCAAUAUCAAUAUUUUAAGUAUUAAAAUAUCGAUGUUUUCAUUAUCGCGUGAUAGAAAUCUCAACAAUUUUUAAAAUUUUUUGCUACUAGUUGCUAACGAAGUUUUCAGCUUAAAUUAGCUUAAAAUCAUUUAGCUUAAAUUGACUGAUAUCAUGAUUGCGUAAUUGUGUAAACAGAAAAGUGAUAAGAAGGUAAUCAAUGUCUCAAAUAUUUUUUUCUCUGAUAAUGAUAUCUAGAUAAGGCGUUAUUUUUAUUAAAAUUGUUUUUUACUACAUAUCAAAUUUUUUUAAUGGUUAUAUUAUCGUCUUUGUAAUUUGACUAUGCUGUUAAAAAAAAUUUGCAUUACUACGUUAAUUUAAUUGGAACGGUGAAUAGUUGAAAGACAGAGCGAAGCAAGUUAUUGUUGCAAGUGAUACAUACAUUUUAAAAAAGGAAAAUGUACAAAGAGUGAAUAGAAAAAUGAAAUAUAUUGCGAUAAAGUUCACAAUAUAUUUUGUUUUCAGAAUAUGGAAGUGAUAAAAGAAUGAAUAUAUCUUAAUAUAUUUCUUUUAAUAAACUUGCUUUAAGCUUCUGUCAUAAGUAUUAAAGACUGAUCUACAACGUGCUCUUUCUACUUCUAGCUUCUCUGCUUUUUUGUGCAUUAUUUUAUCGAAAUUUGCGAGAUAAAAGUUGACCAACUCUUUAGAAGUGAUAAGAAACACAAUUAUCGAUAUACGGAAAGAAUAAUUUUGUUAAAAUAUCUAACAAUUUAAUUGGAUCUGAAAAUAAAUUUGUUAGACUAUUAAAGUAAUUACGUUGGACUUUCAAACUGAUUGCUAGAAUGUCAAAAUUUUUUGCAGCAUUUCUCAUUGUACUUCAGCAUUCGUCAUGAUUAGUUUGAUGAUCCAGUAAAAUUAUUUUCAGAUCUGUAUUCAACUAAAUGUAUAGAUACUUUAGCAAAAUCAAUCUUUCCAUGUAAAACAGUGCACGCAAAGGCAAUAAACAAGAAGCAAAAAAACAGAAAAAAGCACAUUGUAAAUUAGCCUUUAAUUAGCAUCUAUUCUUACUUAUAAUUAAAAUAUGAUUACAUGUAAAAUUGAUUCACUGUACAACUAUGCCAACUAAACCCCAUGACAAAGUCACAUUAUUACUUAUAGUAUUGUUGUAUAUAAAAGAAAUAAUGAAGUUUAUCGACAAAUAUUUCAUUGUAUUAUAUCUUAAGCCGCUAAAUAGGUUGUAAUCAAUGCUCGUUUCAACAAUGUUAGUGAGAACUGAAUGUGAAACGGUUCUAUAACGUAACGUAUCCACGCUGAUACUGUAGCUAAGAAAAAAAAAACAGCAGUUGUGAAUUAAUGUGUAGUCUAUAAUCUCUAAAAUGAGAGAGUUAUUGUAAAUGUACCGAUGUUAAUGUAUAAUUGGACGAAAAAAAAGGAUAUUCUAGAAAUAAAGAAUAGUAUAUUUUUAGAGUGUAUUUUAAAAUUACAAGUACACCGCGCGUACACAUGAUGAAUGUCAAAAGAAUGCCUAGACUAUUGUAAUUAAUAAAUUUAUGAAUUUGUGUCUGAA